AUGUCUUUCCAGAUGUACGAUGGUCUUGUCACAGUCAAUGUAGACAAAACUCCUCUAGCCCUAAACGAGAGCGAAAAUAUAUCACCCGCCGCCCACCCAAACAAGAAGAUGAUCUCUGCCGGAAUAGCUACUCGAAACCGGAACUCCCUCAAAUACCAAGAGGCUCACAGAGUGGUAGCCGGCGUCGUCCAUGGCCAAGCCGGAAGACUGUUGAAUGAGCGGGUGCAACUCAGCGAAGCUGAUCGAGAUCUCACCCACGAAGCCUCUGAUGUCGUUACAACACGAGAGUUGAAAGACACCCACGCGAAUGCCGGAGCUGUGAAGCAAAAAUUGAGCGACGCCAGCGUCACAGCCUCUACUAUUCUUAAUGACGACGAUCAACGGAAUAUUCGAUAUGCUAUGCAUGUGUCGUGGCAGGAGCAUGUCCUAAGUCUCGCCGAAGCAGCAGUCUGCGGCCUAGUCAUAUUAAUUCCAGAUGUGCCGAAGUGA